AUGACCACAGCAGGAAACCCCUGGGUCUGGUUCCUGGGGCACCUCGUCCUCGGUGUCACAGGAUCCCUUGUCUGGGGUGGCGGCAGCCGCAUCAUAAGCGGCGAGGACUGCCACCCGCACUCGCAGCCCUGGCAGGCGGCACUGCUCUUGGAAAACAAACUUUUCUGCGGGGGCGUCCUGGUGCAUCCGCAGUGGGUGCUGUCAGCCGCACACUGUUUCCAGAAGUCUUAUACCGUAGGGCUGGGCCUGCACAGUCUUGAGGCCGACGAAGAACCAGACAGCCAGAUGAUGGAGGCCCACUUCUCCAUCCAGCACCCAGAGUACAACAAACCAUCUUUAGCCAACGACCUCAUGCUCAUCAAGUUGGAAGGAUCGGUUCCCCAGUCUGACACCAUCCGGAACAUCAGCAUCGCCUCGCAGUGCCCGACCGCUGGGGAUUCUUGCCUGGUUUCCGGCUGGGGUCGGCUAGCGAAUGGCAGACUGCCCACAGUGCUCCAAUGCGUGAACAUCUCAGUGGUGUCGGAGGAGGUCUGCAAUGAACUCUAUGCCUCCGUGUACCACCCCAGCAUGCUCUGCGCUGGCGGAGGCCAGGACCAAAAGGACUCCUGCCAUGGUGACUCUGGGGGUCCCCUGGUCUGCAAUGGGUCCCUGCAGGGCCUUGUGUCCUUCGGACAAGCCCCGUGUGGCCAACCCAACGUGCCAGGCGUCUACACCAACCUCUGCAAGUUCACAGACUGGAUACAGAAAACCAUUCAGGCCAGUUAACUCCCGGGACUGGGACCCAUGAAAUUGAACCUCCAAAUACACGCAGCCAAAGGAAUUCAGGAAUCUGCGUUCCCAGUGCCUUCCUCCCUCAGACCCAGGAGUCCAGUCCCACCAAGAAUCUUUUUCUGUACACAGUGCCCCCUGGUGGCACAAUGUUGACCCCGCCUUACCAUUGGUAGAGAAAGUUCGUUUUUCACUGUACUUGUCCCUUCCCCUAAGCCCAGAAAUAAAGUCUAAGAGAAGCA